CGUUCUGGAAUAACAAAGGAAAGGAAUAGAAAAGCGCAUUAAAAUGCAACCACAUCGUCUCUUUGGCUGUGUGCUGGUUCUGGGAAGCCUUCUGCUGGCAGCUUCGGCGGACAGUUCGCCCAUCAUUGGGGUGCUCACGCAGGAGGUCUUCUCGAAUGGACUGAUUUCGCAACAUUUCGAGAACAAAACCAGCUACAUAGCCGCCUCGUAUGUCAAGUAUCUGGAGAGUGCCGGUGCCCGGGUGGUGCCCAUUUGGAUUGGACGCAAUCGCAGCUACUACGAGGAUCUCAUGCACAAGAUAAAUGGAGUGCUCCUGCCUGGCGGCGCAACGUGGUUCAAUCAGACCAAUGGCUAUGCCGAUGCGGGGGAACAUCUCCUACAGUUGGCGUUGCAACUGAAUGACAAUGGCACCUUUAUGCCCGUCUGGGGCACGUGUCUGGGCAUGGAGCUGCUGGCCUACAAGCUGGCCAAUGGCACCGAUCAUCGCAUCAAUUGCAGGGGCACAGGCAUGGCCUUGCCCAUGGAGCUUAAAGAAGAUUACAAGCAGAGCCGCCUGUUCAAUGCCAGCAACGAGGCUGUCGUUGCUUUGAUGGUCAAGGAGAAUGUCACCUACCACUGGCAUCAGUUCUGCUACACGGAGGCGGACUUUGCCCGCAAUCUGCUGAACAAGUCGUGGCGCGUGGUGUCCGUGAAUAGCGACCUGGACGGCAUCGAGUUCAUCUCCGCCAUGGAGCAUACAAAGUAUCCCUUCUACGGCGUCCAGUUCCAUCCGGAGAAGCCGCUCUUCGAGUUCGUAAAGCCGAGCAUUCCCCAUUCGCCUGCGGCUGUGCUGAGUGGCCAAUACUUUGCCGACUUCUUUGUGAACGAGGCCCGCAAGAGCCCCCAGAGCUUUGCCAAUGCCACGGAGGAGGCGCGGGUGCUCAUCUACAACUACAAGCCGGAGUAUACGUCGAUACUGGGCUCCACCUACGUCCAGCAAUAUUUGUUUACCGACAAGGAAAUGCAAUUGGAGGAGAUUGGAUUUGAAGGGGGAGACGAUGGAGAUGACGGGCCCAGCUACUUCCCUCCCGGCCAUGUCUACGGAGAUGGAAACGGCGCUGCUGCAUUCCUCUCCCUCGGCACUGGGCCCCUCCUCGCCUCGCUGGCCCUCCGAUUAUUCUCAAUUGAUUUCUGAUUUACUCUGGAAACAGUUGGCUACAGCUACAGCUGUGCGCAUUUAUCAUUUUCCUAUUUUCAAAGACUGUGCUCCCCUCCCUCUCUGCCACCCACUAACCCGAUUAUUCUCGGAACGCUUUUGCGCACUCAAAACUUGCACUUGCUUUGGUCCGCUUCAAGUGGAAUUUUUACUACCAGAAAACAGAUACUUUUUGCCUCGUUGAAUGCAUUAUUUGAUAACAGAACUUGAUAUUAUUUACCAUCAACUGUCAUUGAUAUUGUCCACCUAAUUGUUCGUUAGCUAUACUCUAUAAAAUCAAUUGUUUAAUGGUU